AAGAAGAUAAAAAUCGCAUUUUAAGCAUUCCUAAAUAUUAAACAAAUUUAUACAAAUAGGUAGUCUUGAAACUAUAUUAUAAGACAUGUAAUACGAUUUACAAAAACGGCUUUUUAUUUUAUACCAAAAACAUAUAUAUAAUAAUGUUUCAUAUUUUUUCACAAAUUAGAAAUACAUUUUACUAUUAAAAUCGAAUAUAGAGUUCUAACUUCCGGUAUCUCUAGUUUUAAAAUCAAAAUGGAGAAUUCUUUCACAGUUACAAGUGAUGAUGAUACUAAUGAGGAAUGGUCAAGUUUUUGUUCUUCUUGUAAAUCUAUUUUACAAACCACAUUUAGUACUGAAGAACCAUCUUUUUUACGUGAAUUAAUCGAUGAAUUAUUCGAAAAGAACAAAACAAAUAGGCAAAUUGAAAAGAAAGAAAAUAUAAGAAAGAAUAUUAAUACAAUAAAUUUGGAAAUAAAUACGGAUGAAUUAAAUAAUGAUAUUAUCAAAGAAACUAAAUUGAAUCAGAAAUUGGACGAAAAAGAAAAUUCUAUUGUACUUAAUACCCUAGAACACGGGAUUAUAUUGAUAAAUAAUUCAAAUAAUAAAACGGUAUUAUAUAAUGAAACAUUAAGAAAUUUAAUGUCCUUGGGAAAAUCUCAAAAUAAAACCAAUUAUAAUACUAGAAAAAACAUAUUGGACUAUCACAGAAAGAUAGUGAAACUUACUGAAUCAAUAUUACAUCUUAGUAAUUGUAUUAAUGUAAUGCGCAAAAUUAUACUUGAAGAAAUUCAUAAAAAAACAACCAGUUUAAAAAAAUCCAAAGAUACCAUGUCUAGGUUCUAUUAUUCACAUAAUUAAUAUGAGGUAAUAAAAGGAAUAUGUGUAAUGUUAUUUACCUGAUAUGCACUAUCAAAAAGUGGAAACAAACGUUUUUUUGCAACUACAUCUG